AGAUGAAAAGAUGCGCCUGCAGCUGGUGAAGAAUAUUCAUCAUCAUCAGGUAAUCCUCAGAUCUGUCCUCCUGUUGCAGAACAUAAUGACCGUGUCAAUCUUUAUCCUUCUUUUCGUUAACAUGGUGGAUUUGUGUACCUGCAUAUUCGUUGGUGCUGUGCUGUUGCAGAGAGACGGGAACGUGACAAAGGCGUUGAAGCCACUAUCGACAGUACCACCUCUCCUCUACGAAACUGGCCUGUUCUGUAUCUUUGGUCAGAUCUUAACUGAUCAGAGCGAGAAGUUGGCUGACUCCGCAUUCAGCUGUGGAUGGGUCGACUGCGACGAUCGAUUCAAGCGGGAUUUGCUGUUUCUUCUCAUGUCUGCCAGGAAGCCUCUGGAAAUCACGGUGGGAAAGAUGAGCAAGUUGUCUAAACAGAUGUUUGUGCAGGUGCUGAAUGGAUCUUAUGGACUGCUGAAUUUGUUGUAUCAUUUUCAAAGCAUACAGUAAAAUGAAACUACAUGUAAUUUUGAAGCUUAUAUCUCACUUUAUUUACCUACUAUAGAAUUUUU